UACGUUCUAUUUGUUGUAAAAAAUUUAAAAACUUUUAUUAUUAAAAAGGUGUGAAACUUGAAUAUGAGUUAUUUGUUUUGUGUAUGAAGAAAUUUUUAAAAAACAGAUUUUGAAGCACAUGUGAAAAAAAUAUAAUGAACUUAACAUGGGGUAAACUAGUAUGGCUUGGUGUAAUUGGAUCAAUAUAUUUUCAAAUAAUAAACACAUUAGAAAAUGGUUUAGCACGGACACCUCCUAUGGGAUGGUUAGCUUGGGAACGGUUUCGAUGUAACACAGAUUGUAAAAAUGAUCCCGAUAAUUGUAUUAGUGAUCGACUAUUUCGUACGAUGGCGGAUAUUUUGGUUAAUGAAGGAUAUGCUGCUGUUGGAUAUGAAUACGUAAAUAUAGAUGAUUGUUGGCUAGAAAAAGAUCGAGGAAUUGAUGGCACCUUACAACCGGAUAGAGAAAGAUUUCCAUAUGGAAUGAAAGAUCUUGCAGAUUAUCUCCAUUCAAAAUCACUUAAGUUUGGUAUAUACGAAGAUUUUGGAAAUUAUACGUGUGCUGGUUACCCAGGCAUUUUAGGAUAUUUAGAUAUUGAUGCUGCAACUUUUGCAUCAUGGGAUGUAGAUUAUGUGAAAUUAGACGGAUGUUAUUCACUUCCAUCGGAAAUGGAUAAAGGUUAUCCAGAAUUUGGAUUUCAUUUAAAUAGAACUGGUCGUCCAAUGGUAUACUCAUGUAGUUGGCCAGUGUAUCAAAUUUAUGCUGGAAUGCAACCAAAUUUUUCAUCCAUUAUUGAUAAUUGCAAUUUAUGGAGGAAUUAUGAUGAUAUCCAAGAUUCAUGGGUCAGCGUGGAAAGUAUUAUUGAUUACUACGGCAAUAAUCAAGAUGUGAUUGUACCAAAUGCUGGUCCAGGUCAUUGGAAUGAUCCUGAUAUGUUGAUUAUUGGAAAUUUUGGAUUAAGUUACGAACAAAGUAAAACACAAUUUGCAUUAUGGGCAAUACUUGCGGCUCCAUUAUUGAUGUCUGUAGACUUACGAACAAUUCGUCCAGAAUAUAAAGCAAUUUUACAAAACCGAAAGAUUAUUGCAGUUGAUCAAGAUCCAUUGGGAAUUCAAGGUCGUCGAAUUUAUAAACAUAAAGGAAUAGAAAUAUGGUCGAGACCGAUUACGCCAAUUGAUCAAACUUAUUUUUCAUAUGCCAUUGCUUUCGUUAAUCGACGUACAGAUGGUACACCAUCCGACGUUGCGGUCACGUUAAAAGAGCUUGGUUUAUCAUCGCCAGCGGGUUACAGAGUUGAAGAUCUAUAUGAAGACGUCAAUUAUGGAAUAUUGUCACCACAAACUAAAAUAAAAGUCAAAGUAAAUCCCUCUGGUGUGGUAAUUCUUCGCUGUGAUGUUCAAAGAAAUUUUAGAAGACCCGCUUACCAACAAUCUCAAUCUCAAUUCAAUCCGUUAAGAGUUUUCAAUGUAAAUAGAUAUUAGGAUUAAGCAAGAACAACAAAAAAUAGAACUAUAAGAUAUUAUUUCGGUUCCAUGUAGAUAUUUAAUAAAAAAAAU